AUGUUGAACGUGUGUGCGGAUCUGGUGCAGUUCGAUCAGUACAGCUUGCAGCUGUACAACUACGCAAUGGUGGAGCGCUUCCGCUCGAAUCAGUUCUUCAACUAUGGUAACUUUGUCGCGGACACACGCACCCUGUCCCGGUUCUUCAAACCAUCGCUCCCGCCGAACCCGGUCGAUGCGGCGACAGCGGCCGCCGCCGCAGCAGCAGCAGCCGCCGCAGGCAGCGCCCUACUAGCCGAUGCAAGCAAACUCUCCUCCCAGGCACCGAAGCCCCAGUACAGCUACAUCGGACUGAUAGCGAUAGCGAUCCUCAGCUCGCCGGAGAAGAAGCUCGUCCUGUCCGACAUCUACCAGCACAUCCUCGACAACUACUCGUACUUCCGGAGCCGUGGCCCUGGCUGGCGCAACUCCAUCCGCCACAAUCUCUCGCUGAACGAUUGCUUCAUCAAGGCGGGCCGCAGUGCCCACGGCAAGGGCCACUACUGGGCCGUUCAUCCCGCGAAUGUGGAGGACUUCCUCAAGGGUGACUUCCGGCGCCGGAAGGCACAGCGCAAAGUGCGCCGCCAUAUGGGUCUCACCUCGGACGACGAUAUCUACGACAACAGCAGCCCCCGGCAGUUCUUUCCCGCAAUCAGCUCACCGCCCCAGUCAUCCUCCCAGCAGGGCCCGUCCGGCCAUGCCGCGUCCGGUGCGUCCGGUGUACUACCGCCCCAUCCGGUGCUUGCCAACCCGGCACUCUAUCUCGGUCCGGGUUCGAGUGCAUCGGCGACGGCUACCUCGGCGGCGGCCGCCGCUGCAGCUGCAGCAGCGGCAGCAGCCGCCGCCGCUGCCGCCGCCAGCUCUAGCACUGCGGCCGCAGCCGCCGCCGCUGUCGGUGGUGGUGGUGGUGGAGCCGUGCCCCAACCACCCCCUCCCCCGUCAACAACAUCUUCCGCCGGGAAGUUGACGCUCGUUGGGCUCGGCGGUGACGGUGGUCAUCCGGUGGAUCAUCAUCUACACCACCAGCAUCAAGCCGCCGCCCUCCUGCACCAUCACCAGCAGCAGCAGCAACAUCUCCAUCAGCACCAUCAUCAACAUCAACACCAUCACCAUCACCAUCACCACCAUCAUCAAACAACGGCUGCGGCCAUCAUCAUGCGCAACACGAUGGAAAGCUUCUCGCGCAAACGGCAGUUCGACGUCGAGUCGCUGCUCCGACCGGACGACGGUGCGGACGACCGGGAACCGUACGAGCUGCGGCGGCCCCGCCUCUGCUCGCCUGCCAGCUCUAGCCAGAGCCCAUCACCGCUGCCACCGUACCAUGCGUCACAGGCGCUCGUACUGGCCGGACCGAAGACGAGCCCGGUACCAAAUCAAUCGACCGGCGGUAAAACACCCCAUCAAUGA